AACAGCGGUCUUUUACUUUUACUACUAAGAGGCGUAAUGGUACUAAACGACGGAACGAUGAUCUCCGACGACGAAAAAGUAGCUCUGGCCAACAUCUGCCGCGAUUAUGUCCGGGGUUGCUGCGUGCGGGAAAAUUGUCGGUAUACUCACGAAAAGCCACCUAUGAAUCGUUUAAAAGAAUUGUUCCGGUUUUGUCACGACUAUCAGAAUAAAGGAUGUUUCAGAAACAAUUGCAAGUUCCUGCAUUUCACGCUGGAAGAGGAAGCGCAUUUCUAUUCCACGGGCAACUUUCCUCAGGCAGAUUUUCGGGAAUAUGGAAUGAUCCCAGUAUGCCAGGCGUAUAUACACGGCUCCUGCUCCAACCCUGAAUGCAAGUUGAUUCACCCUCUUCAUCCAGCCAACAAUGAACGCCAUCCUGAGCUACACAUGCCACCACCACAUUACAAUCGUCCACCACACAUGCUAAGAGAUGAAGACUCACCGCCUGAAUGCAAAGUAAGGCGCUACACUUACGAAGACGUGGCCAUAGAGAAUCAAAUACCUGCACCAAAUAUAUGCCAAAACUGUGACUCCUUAGACCAUAAAGUUAAACUACUACAUGAUAACAUCAGUGUUUUGCUGAAGAAAGUAGCAGACUUGACAGAAAAAAAUGUUCAAUUGACUUCCAUGAAUGAGUUUUUACUGGAGCAGGCAGCUGCAAAUAGGGGUGAACAGUCUUGCAUUAUUACAUCCCGCCAUGGAACUUCAGCUCCUGUGUCCUUAGCUACAGUUAGCAUGACACCUGUAGUGAGCCUAUCAGGUGCAUUGCCUACAUUAGUUCCUGCUGCAGCAACACCAAAUUUAGCGCUGGCGCCAGCGGCAUCCAGAGCUCAGUUGCUAACUCCCGCCCCACAAUUGUUGACAGUAAGUACAACACAACAGUUGAUGGGUAAUUCGGGAGCACUCAUAGUGACUAGUGCAGGUGCCCAGCAGUUAAUGCAAGUGAGUGAUUCAGGGACUUUGAUGAGUGCUGGACAGACGGUAGUAGCAGUGACACCGGCACAGUUGACACUGGCCCCGCCUCCGCAGCAGCUAAUGGGCAAUGCGUCACAAACAACAGUUCAGCAGCUUGUGCAGCAGACGGCGCUGCCGCAGCAACUAGCGGCGCAGCAACAGCAGUUUACGACACAGCAAUCCGUGCAGCACCUUGCUGCGGCGCAGCAGAAUGCCCAGCGCCUGGCAGCACAACAGUCAGCGCAGCAUUUGGCGGCGGCGCAACAGUCCGCACAACAACACUUGGCGGCGGCGCAGCAGUCCGCGCAACAACACUUGGCGGCACAACAAUCGGCGCAGCACCUAGCCGCACAGCAGUCUCAGCAGUUAGUCCAGCAAUCAGCUCAGCAGCUGGCUGCUCAACAGGUCCCAUCGGCCCAGCAACUUGUCCACCAAACCUCCACUCAACAGAUUACCAUCUCCAGCACUAGCCAACCAAUGGCUCUUACUAAUUCGCAAAACCAACCAUUAACAUUUCCAAUUAUAUCACAGAGCAUAUUGCCCCACUGAUUUGAUAACAUUCUGAGUUAAGUAUUAACUUUUUAGUUAGGCUA